AUGAUGGAAGGGGAGCCCGCAACCCCGGGCGUCACCCGCCUACCCGACGAGGAGACCUCCUUCGUCGGGCGCAAGGUGGAGGCGCCGCGACGUCGUCAGCGGCGACAGCAAGCCAAGAAGAAGCGCAUCGCGGUGCUGGGCGUGUCGGUCGUGACCAUGCUCGUGUUCGGAGCCGUGUGCGCCUUCUUGGCCCUGCCGUCCGGACCUACCGAGACGAUGAAGACGGCCGUGUCCCAAGCCAUGGAGAGCGAUCCGGCGAACGCCACUGCGACUCAAGUGUUCAUCCCCAGCUUCGCCGCCUACGAUGAGGACGGAGACGGCAAAGUCUCGCUUGGAGAGUACCUGGAUCGACUGGCGAUCAAUCGCGACGCAGCGCUCAAGCGCGUGGACGAGUCGAGUCUCGACGACGCGGACAAGACGCAGAUCUCGGACCUGCUGAACGAGGACUUCAGCAAACACUCGGACUGUGUCGCGCUCGUCACGAAGCAGGACGAGGACACGAUGAUGACCAAGGAGAACUUCGAUGAGGUUUACGAGGAGAUCACGACGGGCUUCUGUCCGCUGAGUGACGACCGCAUCCCCAACGAGUACCUGUUGACGGAGACUGCACCGGGCGAGGACGAGCUGGCUCCGACUGAGGUGGACCCUACAACGGGUGACAGCUCGACGACGAGUGGAUCGGACGAAGCGAGUGCGUCGACUUCAGCAAGUGAAGAAGCUGCGUCUACCCCAAGCGUGGAAAGCACCUCAGAUGGUGCAGCUCCGCCAAGUAACGAAAUCGGAUGGAACCCCGACCAGCCUACGCUGCCCCCACGCGUGAUAGUCGACGACGACGCAAAGCCUGAAGAGGGUGUUGGAGCAGGACAAUGGAAUCCGAUCUACCCGAGCGACCCGCCAAUUCCGGCUCCCAGCAACGACCCGCAGGUGAACGCGUGGACUCCUGAAGAGCCCACCGAUCCACCGAGUGCCGUCACUGCCGACACUAAAAGUGAAGAAGAUUCAGCGAGUGCUUCUCAGGAAGCACCACGCGCUAGCAACGGUGUCGGCGAAGAUGAAUGGAACCCAGUGUUUCCAACCGAGCCUCCGUCACCGUCGAGCGACAAGGAUCAAGAACAGAAGGCGUUUUCAAUCGGUACCAUGUUGGACCCCCAAGCGGCCGCGUACGAGACCCCUCUCGCCGAGACGUCCCCCGAAAGCGAGCAGCAAGCUGGUAUCUACAACGCAUACACUGGCGCUGAGACGACGGGCACUCAGUCCAAUCCGGAAUACAAGUCGCCGAUUGCUGAGACAGCUCCCAAGGCCGAGCAGGCAGUGGGUGCAUUCAACAGCCACAGUGAGACUACUGGUACUCAAUCCAACCCAGAAGUGGCGACUGAGAAGAAGGAAUCUGAGGGCAUUGCUACGUACAAGUCGGACACUACAACUACCGGCGAGACUGCUACUUACGGAGCUCCUGCAGGUCUGCAACCGACUGGAGCCUACAACAGCUACAACGCCUAUCAAGGUUAUUCCAACAACUACAACAAGGGGGCUGCUAACACGUACACGGGUGCCGGGACGACAUAUGGCAACCCAAGCGGCCAGCAGCCAAGUGGGGCUUACAACCAAGGCUACUACAGCGGCUACACGGGUGCUGCUAACAAUGGUGGCGCCUAUAACGCUUACCAAGGCUACAGUGGCCACACAGGUGCUACCAACAAUGCUGGUGCUUACAACGCGUACACUGGCGCUGGAACGACGACGUACGGCGGUGGGCAGCAGACAACGGGAGCUUACAACACUUACAACGGCUACAACGGAGCCGGACAGCAGACCGGUGGGGGCUACAACGCCUACAAUGGCUACACUGGUGCCGCGACUGCUGGCACCUACAAGUCGUACACUGGUGCUGAUGGGACGACUGAGUACGGCGAAUCGAAGGGCACGAGGCAGCUACGUUCGGCGGGGAGCCCUGCUAAGCACCUUUAA